UGUCGGCGGCGCGAGGCGGGGCUUCCCUUGGGUUCGGAGCUCUCGAGACGGUUCUCGGCGGGUUUUCUUCUCGUAAUUUGAAAGAAUCGAGUUUGUCUUUAGAUAUAAAACCCGUAAUAAUACAAAUCUUCUUCUUCUUUUUUUAGCUGCACCGCGUAAAGUUACCGCCGCUAGGGAAGUCGGUAUGAAGCUGACGGAUAACGUGUUGCGGAGUUUUCGCGUAGCCAAGGUUUUCAGGGAGAACUCGGAUAAAAUUAACUGUUUUGAUUUCAGCUCGAACGGAGAGACGGUCAUUUCCAGCAGCGACGACGACUCCAUCGUCUUGUACGACUGCCAGGAGGGAAAGCCGAAGCGGACCCUGUACAGUAAGAAGUAUGGAGUGGACCUGAUCAGGUACACGCAUGCAGCCAACACUGUGGUCUACAGCUCAAACAAAGUCGAUGACACCAUUCGGUAUCUGUCACUUCAUGAUAACAAGUAUAUUCGCUACUUCCCGGGACACAGUAAGAGAGUGGUGGCCUUGUCCAUGUCUCCAGUGGAUGACACCUUUAUAACCGGAUCCCUGGAUAAAACCAUCCGCCUCUGGGACCUGCGCUCCCCAAACUGUCAGGGUUUGAUGCACCUGCAGGGGAAGCCUGUCUGUUCCUUUGACCCCGAGGGACUCAUCUUCGCAGCCGGUGUGAACUCUGAGAUUGUGACGCUGUAUGACCUGCGGUCGUUCGACAAGGGUCCCUUCGCUACCUUCAAGAUGAUGCCCGACAGGACGUGCGAGUGGACCGGGCUCAAGUUCAGCAACGACGGGAAGCUGAUCCUGGUCUCCACCAACGGGGGCACCCUGCGACUCCUCGAUGCAUUCAAGGGGGUUGUGCUGCACUCCUUCAUGGGCUACAAUAACAGUAAAGGUGUGAUGUUGGAGGCUUCAUUCACUCCGGACUCCCAGUUUAUCAUGAUCGGCUCCGAGGACGGGAAGAUCCACGUGUGGAAUGCGGAGAGCGGAAUGAAGGUGGCCGUGCUGGAUGGGAAGCACACCGGCCCUGUCACCUGUCUGCAGUUCAACCCCAAAUUCAUGACCUUCGCCAGCGGCUGCUCAAACAUGGCUUUUUGGUUGCCCACAAUCGAUGACUGACAUGGAAGUUGCAGUGCUGCCUAAUAGACUCUUCUCUGUGUAAAUACGAUAUUUUUUAUGUUGAUGGAAGAAUCUCUGCGCUCCUGGGAGCCGGGGCCUGUGGAGGCAGAGUGUAUUCAGCGUUGCCGUUCUCUCUGUCUCUACACAGGACUGCCUGUCUGGGCUUCAUUGUAUUUUGUUUUUUUAACUGACACCUUGGCAAUCGUACCUGGAGGACUGAACAUAGCAGAGCAGCUGUUGAAAUGCUACCUGUAGGGGGAGCUUCUCACAUUCAACUGUAAAUAAAAUGGUCAGGAGUUUGGGGAGAGGGGCGGGUGGGGAGGGAUUUAUGUUUUAUUAUGUAACUAUUAAAAUAAGUGUUGCUUUUUAUAAACAUCUGUCGUUUUGGCAGUGUUGCAUGCACUGCUCUUACCAUGCACUACUUUACUCCAACUAAAACAAAUCAUAGUCCUCCUCCUCAUCAUAAGAAGAAGCCUGCAAUGAAGAGUCAUUGUACAAAGAUAAAGAACUUCGCUUGCAUGCUGCAUGCAAAUAUCUGGUGCAUUUCUUAUUGUUUUGUGUGAAAGGUCCUGCUUUCGAAUGAUUUCAAACUGCUCUUUAAAUCCCGGUAUCUCCCAAUGGCUUCCCAGGGCUUCAUUUUCCUCUGUGGGCAAAAUGCCAGAGCUGCUUAUUAACUACAGAGUGGGCAGUUAGCCUACAUUUUGCCCACAGUGGAACGUCCUGUGUUGCCUCUUUCAGCUGUUGUUUCUGUGGUGCUUCCAGUAACCACUGAUUGACUUCUGCACCAGUAAACAGGUACAGUAGUGAUACUGAUGUUACAAAGUGAAGGAACAGAACCCAUCACCUGCAGGGUCUGUUUUUCUGUAGUAGAUUAUUAUCUCUGGAGGGUGUGAUGCAGGAAUGAGAGCCUGCAGUGCCGAUGGCUCGUUAAAAUGUUUUUAUUUUAACUGCAUUACUUCUUACAUUCCGGAUUCUAUAAAUAACUUACAGGUAAUGCAGGGGUGUGUGUGUGUGUGUGUGUGUGUGUUCUUUACGCUGGUGAACCCGUGAAUGUUACACUAGCCUGGGUUGCUGUAUUAAGGAAACAGCUCUAAACAAUUGAGAAGCUUGAAGGCAUCAUCCCACAAAUAAUAUAUGCCCUUACACCUGUGUCUUAAAAGAUUAAAACCAUGACCUGGAAAUAGAUGUUGAAUGAGCCCAAUGGGAAUUCAAUUCAGAGGCCCAUUAACAAAGAAGAAAGCAGAAUUUUACAAAUGUGUACCCAAAUACUUGAGAUGGGUUUUUGUAUUUGUAUGUAUGUGUGUGUAUAAUUGAUUAUAUAUAUAUAUAUAUAUAAUUACAUACAUUAUCUAAUGUAUUACUUUUGAGAGAGAUGUACCGUACCACACAGUUUAAACACACAGUAAACGUUUUUUAUUCUAUCAAAUAAA